AUGGCCACCGUUUACAACUUCGACGCCCCCAGGCAAACUUUCGUUGACUGCCGCGACACCCCGACUCUUCGACCCACCAUCCCCCAAGAAUUGAUUGAAAUUAUAAUCGACUUCGCCAGACACGACACCCCGUCACUCAGGACCCUCGCGCUUGCCCACCCAAAUUUCAGCAACGCAUGUCAGAAAUAUCUGUUUUCAACCGUCACCAUUUGCCCCCCGAAUCCUACGACAGAGAAAAAAACCACGCCUGCCCAGCGGUUCCUACAAUUAUUGAUCUCAUCUCCACAUAUCUCUCGUCACGUUCGUGCAUUGACAAUUGAAUGUCAAGGGCACAGUGGAGACGAUGAACCUUGGCUUCACACCGAUACCUCUCUCCAUCUCAUCCUUCCCCUUCUCACUCGUCUCACCAAAAUUGCCGUUGUAGGCGGAGCUGAGCCCGGCAGCGGCUUCAGCAAAUCAUACUUUACCUCCUGGUCAUCACUUUCUUCUAAUUUGCGAUCAGCGUUGACUUCGGUGUUGCGCUCAGCAUCCGUUGUUGACAUUGAGAUUGGUGGUUUCUCACUUAUGCCAACUUCGUCCGUCAGCAAAUGUUCGGCGCUGAAGCGGCUUUCUCUCCUCCCUGUUUACCUUGUAGACGACACCGGAAUUGGAGCCACGCACACGACGCCGUCUGGCCCUCCGGAUACUACCAGUGCGAUCCCCGUUCAACGUUCAGAACUCGAAGAAUUCGAAAUUCGGCAGACAUCUAUUACCCUACGGAGGACGACAGACUGGUUGCACAGUCCAGGCUGUUACCUUGAUGUCACCCGCCUACGAAACCUCAACGUUCACGUGGUCACACUCGAAGACCAUAACAGCGUGGCGAGGAUCCUGGAAACCUGUUCAAGUUCCCUGGAAAAUCUGAGCCUUGACGCAGGUUCUGAAGUGAACACAGUCAGACACAUUCAUGGAACUAUCUACCCGGCAUCGACUCCUGCCAGUUCGAUCAGCCUCGCUUCGCUCCCUAGGCUACGCUCUUUGACGCUUCACGCCACAAUAAGCAUGUUAAUGUUGAACAACCGACGCUUUGCCGAUCCUUUCCCAUGGCUGGUCGCUUUUCUGGAGACGCUUCCGAGCUCUAACUGUCUCUUUGAACUGGAAAUUUCCGUCGAGGUCGCCGUUGGCAAAGAGAUUUUCAACAAAAUCUCCUGGGAAGAACUGGCUCGCGUCCUCGUCUCGGAGCGGAUGUCAAGUCUGCGUACGGCGCGGUUGGAGCUGCGGUUAAAGGAGCAAGUGUUGGUUCAUGGGUUGCCGCAAGUUCUGGAGGGGAUGCUGGAUGCUGAUGAGCAUUUAUUUGAGUUGCGGAGUAGACGGAUUUUGGAAGUUGACGUCCAAUGA